AUGGAUGAGCGUAUGGAUAUUGAAAAUGACAGCGGGUCACAGGUAAUUGACGAGCAAAAGAAGCAAAAGAAAAAGAAGAGAUUUGAAAUCAAGAAAUGGACUGCGGUUGCAUUCUGGUCGUGGGAUCAGACCAAUGAUGCUUGCCCCAUUUGUCGUAACCACUUGAUGGAACCAUGCAUUGAGUGUCAAAGUGCAAUUGAUGAAGGACGAUUGGGGGAACGCACUUCCUGUCCAAGAGCAGUCGGGCGGUGUAACCAUAGUUUCCACUUACACUGUAUAUCUACAUGGAUCAAGACCCGGAACUCGUGUCCAUUAGACAGUACCGAAUGGCAAUUGAAAGAGGUCUUGGAUAAUUGA